CAUCCGCCAUUCAUACAUGCCACAGACCAUCCGUGUUAAAUUAAACAUAAAUAAUUAGCAGACAUAGUUGGUAAAUUCAGUAGAUAUGUCAUCGAGGGGGCAAGGAUCGGGUGUCUCAGUGACAGACCCCGGAAUGGUCACAAGAAGAAUCACAAAAGAAACAGCACGCCUACAAACAGAUAAGGUAGAGGGUAUUAGUGCGCAACCAGAUGAGGCCAAUCAGCGACUGUUCUAUGUGACAAUUGAUGGACCAAAGGAUUCCCCAUAUGAGAAUGGUGUCUUCAAAUUAGAGUUAUAUUUACCGCAGGAGUAUCCAAUGAUGCCUCCAAAGGUUUAUUUCAAAACUAAAAUUUACCAUCCAAAUAUUGAUCGCCAUGGCAGAAUAUGCCUUGAUAUAUUAAAAGAAAAAUGGAGUCCAGCUCUUCAGAUGCGCACAGUUCUACUAUCAAUUGCUGCAUUACUCAGUGCACCGAAUCCCGAUGAUCCCCUAGAGAACACUGUAGCAGAGCAAUGGAAAACUAAUGAAGAACAAGCUAUCAAAACUGCUAAAGAAUGGACAAAGGAGUAUGCAGCCAAAAAACAGCCCCCCUCUUGAUUGAAUUUCUUAGGAGACACCCUCUACAAUUCUUAUUCCUGUCUUGGAGCCCACGAAAUGAACUGGAAAACCUACAUUGUACACUGGAAAAAAGGCCGUUUUAUCUUGACAAAUAUCAUACAAGGAGGGGGCACAAUUGAACAUCAUCAACAUAAAUCAUCAAGUGCAAAUUUUGUCAAUAUAAAAAUAGUAAAAGAUUGGAAGAAUAUAUUUUUUGGAGUGAUGUUGGAUAAUUACUGAAAGAGCUUACUCGUAAGAUCAUGGUGGCCCAACGUUAACUUCCUAUACAUAAUCUGACAUCAUAACAUAGAAUGAGUACACAGACAUGUACUGUGUAUACAGCCACCUUCGAUAUAAAUAUAAAUUGAGAGAUUUUUUGUUUAAUCUUUGUUGGGAAAAUUCGCAUGUUUUUGGACCUAACUGGGGAGUGACAAAGCAGGAACAAGUGUAAAUUCUAAUUUUAACCUCAUAACCCUCUUCACAGACAUUUGGAUGAAUGUUGGACAGUACAGUAUCCUAGAUUUGAAUUGGCUGCCAGAGUCUGAUAGUAUCCUGAUAUAGAACAAAAUUCAUAACUAGAUUUCUGUAUUAUGACUUAAUUUGGUGGGUUUAUCAUUUCGUGUUUGUCAUCUUGUGUCUUUAAAGGUGAAACUAACUUUAUUGAAAAGGUUUUGUUGGAAGUCUUCCUUCCAUAUUUGCUGGUUUAGUUUUUGCAAUCAUAAUUGAUAACGCCUUCAUGAAAACAGCAAAAUAUUUCAAACGGACUUGUUAGUGAUUUUACAGCAUACUGUAAAUUGAAGAAAUUUUUUUUUACAGUAUAAUGUAAAACAUGCGAAUCUUCGAUUUUACAGUAUACUGUAAAAUGGAUGCAACCGAGAAUAACUAAAGACUAGUCUGUAUUUAUUUUGAGAUAGAUAAAAUAAAGACUAGUCGGUAUUUAUUCUUUAUAAUGAUAUACUAGACAUCUUUUCCAAAGAAACUGUUGCCAAAAGCUAAACCGUUUGCCUUGGCCAUCAUACAUUGUCUGUAACAAAGGCGUACGCUGUUCUUUAAAUAAUUGCUAUUUGUAAUGGAAUUUGAAAAUAUUUUAAACUGUACACCUACUGAAUAUAAUUUUCCACUUUGCCGUUUACAUGUCGACAGAAAUUCACACACUGUAGCUACCAAGUUUCCGCAAAUUUACACGCAUAAUACAGGCCUUUUCAGGAGAUUUUUGUACGGGAGCCAUCAGUCACUCCCGCAAUUCUGUCAGGGGAGCUAUAAAAUUCACUUCCCUGGGAUGCCCCAGAGGUGAGUGAUCACUCCCGUCUGGGGAGUAAUCACAUCUUGUGCAGUACAUUUAUUCCAGCCAUAAAACUUAUAACAUAUAACUGCAUUUCUAUUUUCCUGGACCCCAGUAAUUAUGAACGAUGUACCCAUUUAACAUGCUGAUAGGCUGGGUUUUCCUGGAUCACACGUAUACUGACAUAUGGGUGAACAAUGGCUUUUAGAAGUGUUCAUGGCCAUGAAACCAUUGUUUGCCUCCGUAUCCUUAUACUGUGUUGCUCUGGCUUGCAAGUAGACUCGGCCUUAUGUCUAGAUGUAUACUGUAACCUGGAAAACUUUUUCCAGCAUUUUAAAAAUUAACAAGUGCAAAUUGUGUUCAUACUAAGUGCAUUAUGGUUUCUGUAGUUCCACAAAAUAUACACUCGCAAAAUGUAUACUUUUUGCAGGAAAUAAAAGGUAUGCAACUGCCAAUAAAACCGGCGGAGACGUUUUUCUGGCUUACUUACAGUGGUCUUUUCUAUUAUUCCGUUACUGACUCUCAGUCAAUUUGAGAACUUGCAGUUCAGUAGGUAGAAAAACGUUCAUGACGAGAAAAAUAUUAUUAGUGGGCAUCAAAAUAUUCAUUUAUACAGUUAAUUUGUAAAUGUAGUGUUUUAUUUUGCUACAAAUCAGUAGAUUUUAAUGUUGCACAAUUGCUCAAACGAUCAAGGGCUUGGCGUGACUUCUAGUGUUCACAAUUAAAUUGAGUUCAUCAACAUGGGGGCAGUGUACAAGCUACAUUAUGGUCGCCCUCCUACUAGCAUUGUACUGCCAUUGUGGGAAAAUAUUAGGUCACAGACCUAUUCUGAGUUUUCAUGUGGAGAAGUCGGCAAUAAUCACUCCUAAUAAUUCAGCAUAUCUCUAGGGUUCCACCUUCAUCAUAGGUACCGGUACAUGUAUGGACCAGCUGUUUUAUCUAAAUGUAGUUUGGAUGUUGAAAAUAUUUUGAUAACAUUGCGCAAGAUACAUUUUUUAACUGGAUGCUGUGUCUUACGCCAGCAGUAAAAGUGAUCUCACUUCUGAUCAUUUGUUCAACUGUCAUGAAAGCAUUCUAGCUCAUGAAACUUGAAUUAUAAGAAAUUAUUCCCAGUCUUUAUUGGCAAGAGAUUUUUCUUGGGGUCCUGGAAUGGCCACUUGUAUCUUAUUGUAUAAUAUUCAGACAUUCUGAAUCACUUAGAAAGGUUGUUUCCUUUAAAGUUGGUGUUUUCCCUUAUUGUUUUAACACUAUGAUGCUGCAGCAUGAUAUUUCUUUCGAUCACGCAUGACGGGCAAAAGAACUGAAAAAAGGCCAGCGGGUCCAUUCCAACACACCUAUAUAACAGCCAGGGAAAACACUGGGGAGUUUUUAUGAUAAUUGAUGUCGGCAAUAUUCAAUGUACUAUUAGCCUAGAUAAAAAAAGACAUGGCUGAAUUUCAUUUUGCAUAUUUAUUCGUGAUAUACCAGGUUUGUGUUUUCUUAAAAAGGAUGGUCGUAUGUGAAAUAUUUGAGGUAACUGCUUUGUUUGUAUGGUGUGAAAACACACAAUACGGUAACGAUUCUGUUGAGAUGACUCCUGAAAUAUGUUGUGGAUUCAAAGUGAUUGAUGCCGAGAUGUGUUGACAGGUUUCUCGUGCACAUCGGUAGUGGCAAAAAUCAAAUUUUUUCAUGCUAAAUUUAACUUUGUAGCAGAUAAAUUUUGCUAAAACUGUUAAGUUCACUGUUUUUCACCUCAACAUUUGUUGAGGUUUGGUCUGAGGGAUAAUGAAUUCCCAAAGAAUUGUUGAGCGCCUCAGAUGUCAGGAUGUCCAAAUCUGUAUUUAGUUUGUUGGUAUUCUUCCCUUGUAGCUAAUAAAGUUUGUAUGUGAUGAUCCUAUUCUUGUUUGAUGGCUUCCUUUUGAUCGGGCAGUAAAAUCUUCCGCUGCUUUCUGUAAAGGUCAGAGUUUUUGAAGGAGGAGUGUCUCGAGAUGAUGCAUGUCCGAUACAUUAUUUUAAAGUUCCUGGGUAGAGUGUGCUACAGAUACACUCCCAAAAAGUACAGAAAGUUCAAGGUAAAUUGAUGGAUGAAAAUUACUAUAAUAAUAAGUUGUAGUUGCUGGGUAAUUCUGCACACACUUGAUCCUUAUAGAUAAAUCGAUCGCCAUGUUUUGCCGGCACAGUGAUUUGGUCAGCAUGGCUGAUUUUGACACGACUGUCUCCCCUGACAUCAUGGAGAAUUAACCUCCACCCCCCCCCACCACCUCUGUGUUUGAGGCUAUGUCGUUCUUCCAUUUCAUCCUGGGAAUCGUCAAUAAUCCUGGAUUGAUAGAAAUUAACUGCAGGCCGAGUUCACAUACCAAAAAAACUGUGCACAGACACUUUGCAGAUCAAAGGUGUACACUUUCUGAAUCGGAUGUGUUCACUUUCUGAAUCGAGUAAUUCCCGAAACCACCCCUCCGUACAGGAACUCUGUCAACUUAAUUUGUUGUUUUCCUGGUAUUAUCUCGAGAUACUAUACUCUUUUAUCUUUUAUCAUCACAUUGGACAUAAAAAAGCUGGCAAACCAGCAGAAAAUUACGGUAAUAUUUCCAGUACGCUUUGUGUUCCUGUUCUGGUGCCAUGUUAAAUGACAUGACGUCUGUAUUUGAGUGUCAAUGCAUCAUUCUUUUUCAGCAUAGCUAUCGUUAUCCCUAUCAGAAUAAUUCAUUUUUGAAGCCUUCAUACACAUGUUCAUAUAUACAUUUCCUGUAACUUAAAAUGUUAAUGUAGCUAGCUCACACCAAUAAUAGGAAAAAAAUUAACAUUA